ACAUCUGUAAGAAAUAUUAUACACGAACAUAUAUAUAUCUAUACACAUAUAGAGAAAUCUCUUUAGUAUAUUGUUAUAAACUACAGCCGCAAGAUGACAACUGCAAAAAAGAAAAGUAUCUAUACCGUUCAGAAUACAUACCCAGAUAGGGUGGAGACAGAAGAGGCAGUUAUGAGUGAACUGACCGUAAAAAUUGGGACGAUAGAAACUGCAAUGCUCUUGCUCAGCUCCAUGGAGGAGAGUGUACUGAUAACAGUUUUCAAACAUUUACUGGAAUAUUCGCGCCCAAGAACUGAAAACAUUGCAGUUCUUCGUGAAAAGGGGCUUUUAGAUCUGCUUCAAGAAAAAAAUCUUUUGAUAACAAAUGAGAGUGUAAUUAUUAAACGUUUCGCGCUUUACUUAACUACCGUCAUGAUAGAAAAUAUGAACACACUUGAAGACUUGGAAGUAGAAAAAGUAAUGGAUCUUUUGGACAAAUGUGUAGAAUUUUAUAAUGUUGAAAAUGAUACAUUUUGUAUAGAAUAUCUUUCUGCGAUCAUAAACAAAUGUUUAGAUGAUCCCAGAAUGGCUCGAAAUAUGUUACAACAAGAGGAAUACUUAAAGAAAUUAGCAGGUAUUAUAAAGUAUUCGGAUAGUCCUGAUAUUAUGUUGCAAUCAUUUGAAGCACUUGAAAAAAUGCUACGUCUAUUAAACACUGAGGAUUUGCAAACAUUUGUUGAAGAUCCACAUUUUCCAGUAGAUCGGCUUAUUUGUGAAAUUUGUAAUCCAUUCACAGAAAUACGCACUGCAGUGCUAAAGUUAAUAAAAAGACUUUUGGGAGACCAAAGUAAGGAAAGUCCACUAAACAAACCAAAUAGAUCUUUGUACGUUAUACAACAAUUGACAAAAGUUAUAUGCGAUCCAGCAAUGAUAGACAGCCAUAUACAGGCAAUUGAAGUAUUGGCAGCGGCAAUGCGUAAUGAGGACAUGGUGAAACUAUUUUUCGAACAUAAUUUCUUUGAUAAAAUUUUACAAACUAUUAGUUCAGAUGAAAACAUAUAUACACCUGAGAUUAAAUGUAAAGCAAUAUCGAUUUUUGCUGAAACCACCAAGUACACACAAUUCUUACGAAGACUUCACGAGGCAAAUAUUACGGAAGCACUUCUAAACUGCCUUCUCAAUCAGCCUGAAGAACCUGCUCCACACAUUCUUUUCGGCCUUAACGGUUUAAUGAAAUACGUUGAAGCAGCCAAUUACAUAGUAGAUGCGUACCAAUUUAAUCUUAUAAAUAGACUUUUAUCUCUUAUAUCUAAUGAGAAUGUAAAUAUCAAAACCAGGGAACUAUCAGCAGAGCUUAUAAACAAAUUGUUGGAGUUCGCUUUCCACGAUACCGCCUAUGAACUCUUCGAUCUUAACAUAACUGAUCUUUUAGCUGCAAUAUUUAAUACAGGAUUUAAGAACUUAUCAGUUGACUUAAUACUUCCUUUGUUGGAUAUGAUUGAAAAGCUUGCACAAAAUGAAGAAUAUCGCACGCGAAUUGGUGCAUCGGAUGCAUUAAGUGAGAGCAUUGCUAUACUUCUUAAGGAAGCUUUUCCAGCUGCUUUAGUGUUAAGUAAAAUUUACCGCUGUCUUAGCACCAUCGUUGAUGAAGAACCUGUUAGAAAAGUACUAUUGCAGAACUAUAUUUGUGCUUCUUUGAAGCGUGCGUUAAAAUCGCUUUCGAACGCUGUAAAAUCAUCUGCCACUAAUUUUAUCAUACAAGCUGCACGGUUCCCGGAAUUCAUCGAAGAAUUUAUUGAAACGGGUGUAUUGGAAGUGCUUAUGACAAAUCAAAAGUUUGCUUUCUGCGUAUCUACUUGGGCAGCAGCUAUAGAAGCUAUACUUUCAAAGAGUCCUACAUUGAAAUUUUGUAUACGUCAUCAACUGGCCUUUACCGAUUCAACCGUGAACCACAACUUUAUUGUGAGCAACAAAAAGUUUGACGAUUUCCGCAUAUUUCUCAAUAUAUUAAAACAAGAAGUUUCACCUCUGACACCCAUGUUGGUUAUUAAUUUUAAUCGUCCCGAAAAUCCUUCAACAUGUGUUGUUUAUGUUAGUCCCGAAUGUUUUUCGCCUGAAGAUGAAUUUGAUAAUGAAACAGGUUGGUGUUAUUGUAGAACACCUGGCGAUGCAUAUUUACCAGUGUUCCUAACUGAGCUCUUCAAUGAAUUAGACAGACAAGGUUUAAUGGAGGAUCCGGAAAAAAUGAAACGCUGCAUAGAUUUCGAUAACUUAGCAAAACGUGCCAGAAUUUUAGCUAAAUUUGUUGCUGGAGUUAUGAAUGAAGGACUUGAAUCUCUUGAUAUCAACUCUUCAGAAGAAUGUUCUCAACAUGUCGUUGUAUGUCAUUUAAAAGAAUUGGUUCAGAAAACAUUACAUUGUAAUGUUAUUCCUGUUGGUAUGGUACGUAGUGGUUGUAAAUUUGAGCGCGCAUGUCUCUUCAAAGCUUUUGCCGAUCAAAUUGGCUUACCAUCAACGUUGCAAAGAAGUGUCGAUGGAAGAUAUGUUUAUAAUGAGGUACCCUUACCAAUAGAAAUACCAGAAGACAUACACUGUGAUAGAAAAACAAUGAAAUUUAUGCCCUGGCGUAUGUUAAGACCAACGCAUAUUGUUGAUCUAAUGUAUAAUGUCGGAGAAUUGUAUCCAUUACAUAGUCGUCAGUAUAUACAAUAUCUGAGAUUAUUUUAAUAGAUUAUUUUUUUGAUUCAU